AUGCUCUUCCUUCGCCGCUUGAGCACGCUCAGCGCCGCUGCGGUGCCCGCACAGACGCUCGGCGCUGCGCUGCCGGCCUCAAAGACGCUGACCAAGGUGCUGAGGGCGGGCCCAGGGCUGGACCGCCUCGGAGGAGUAGCUUCACCAGAUCUCGCUGCGUUGGCACGGCACGCCGAGCGGUUGGCUCCUGAGCUCGCGUGGGAGGCUCGGCGCUCGCUGCUGAAGCGGCUCAGGAUGGUGGGGUCUGUGGACCACGUGUCGCGCCAUGAGGCUCGCGACCUCGCCAACCGGGCACGAGCUCUCGAGCCGGAACUUGGCGAUGCCGUGGCAGACCUCUUUGAGGAGCUCGCCGCCGUCAAGGUCGCGGGCGGCGAGCUCGGGCCGAGUCGCUCGCUCGCUCACCAGAUGCUGGCGGCCGAGCAGGCGGCCAAGCACCUCGAGGCGACGAUCCACGCGCACGAGGCGCACGCGCUCAACCCUGUCUCGCAGCCGUCGGACGCGGCGGCAGUGGACUACGAGCGGCUGCGCGCGAGGCUGGCCGAGGAGGAGGAGGAGGAGCACGGCGGCGGUCUCGUGGGCGCGGUGUCGCGGAUCCGCGUGCGGCACCAGCAGCACGCCCGCGCGAUGAAGGAGCAGGAGGGCCUGCGCGCGCUGACCGCCCUGCUGCUGGAGGAGGAGGUGGAGGAGGUCAAGGCGGCGGACGGCGACAGCCGACUGGUCGAGUUCGCGGUGGCGGACAGGGAGGCGAAGCUUCAACAGGAGCUGGCCGAGGUCGUGGAGCGGCUCGAGGCCGUCUCGCUGCGGCUGUUGGUCGAGGAGCGAGAGGAGGCGGACAACCUGGAGGCGCUGUGGUGA